CUAAGAACUGAAGAUACAAUGGAGGACACUUCUGUAUCUGAAAGGGUGUUUAAACACAGCAGGGCUGGAGCUGAGAAUGAAGACAACACUACAUGCAACACUAGAAAAGUUCGCAAGGUGGCGCUGCAGACUAACAAUUUGUUUAACAAGGCUCCCAGGAUGCCCAAGGACGCCAUUCCCAGAAAUCAGAAUCCUGAAUGUUCUCUAAAAGAAGAGGGAGGGGGACAUUUGCCUGAGAUCUAAAGGAAAAGACUCCAAAAGCAAUUUAGUAAGAUUUAAUUUGAGAUUAUUUCACCAAACCUUGUCUGUGUGGACUAAAACCGACAAGAUUUAGAAGAAGCAGCGCCCUCCGGACUGCAUCUGAACAAUGGAGACAGCUCUAGCAAAAACGCCAGAGAAAAGGCAAGUCAUUUUACUUACUAUAUUGCUGCUUUUGUGGGAGGCUGAUUCUGAGGCAAUUAGAUAUUCCAUGCCAGAAGAAACAGAGAGUGGCUACUUGGUGGCUAACCUGGCCAAAGAUCUGGGGCUCAGGGUGGGGGAACUGGCCACCAGAGGGACGCAAAUCCAACACAAUGGGAACAAAGAGCUCUUGCAGCUGGAUGCUGAGACCGGGAAUUUGCUCCUGAGGGAAAAACCAGAUCGUGAGGAGCUGUGUGGGGUGACAGACCCCUGUGUGCUGCAUUUCCAGCUCAUUCUGGAAAACCCUGUGCAGUUCUUCCAAACUGACCUGCAGAUCACAGACAUAAACGACCAUGCUCCAGAGUUCCCUCACAGGGAAAUGCUCCUAAAAAUCCAAGAAAGCGCCCAGCCAGGGACUGUGUUUCCUCUGAAGGCGGCUCAGGACUCUGACAUAGGGAGCAAUGCUGUUCAGAACUACACAGUCAGCCCCAACCUCCAUUUCCAUGUGGUUACUCAGAGUCGCGCUGAUGGCAGGAAAUACCCAGAGCUGGUGCUGGACAGAGCCCUGGACAGAGAGGAGCAGCCUGAGCUCACUUUAACCCUCACUGCUUUGGAUGGUGGAUCUCCACCCAGGUCUGGGACCACCAUAGUUCGCAUUGAAGUCGUGGACAUCAAUGAUAACGCCCCCCAGUUUCUACAGUCGCUCUAUGAGGUGCAGGUCCCUGAAAACAGCCCUCUCAAUGCCUUAGUAUUGACGGUCUCUGCCAGGGAUUUAGAUGCUGGAAUAAAUGGGAAUGUAGCCUACUCUCUGUUUCAAGAUGGUGGAGUUUCUCAACCAUUUGUAAUAGAUGAAGUUACAGGAGAAAUUAGUCUUAAAAGGGUACUGGAUUUUGAGGCAACUCCAUAUUAUAACAUGGAAAUUGUAGCUACAGAUAGUGGAGGUCUUACAGGAAAAUGUACUGUAGCUAUACAGGUGGUGGAUGUGAAUGACAACGCCCCUAAACUCACCAUAUCCUCGCUCACUAGUUCCAUCCCAGAAAAUGCUCCUGAAACUGUGGUUGCUGUUUUCCGUGUUUCUGACCCAGAUUCUGGGGACAAUGGAAGAAUGGUGUGUUCUAUUCCAAAUGACCUUCCAUUUCUUUUAAAACCAACAUUUAAGAACUAUUACACUUUAGUGGCAGAGGGACCCCUGGACAGAGAGAACAGAGCUGAAUACAACAUCACCAUCACAGUCACCGACAUGGGCACACCCAGGCUCACAACACACCACACCAUAACAGUGCAGGUGUCCGAUGUCAAUGACAACGCCCCUGCCUUCACACAAACCUCCUACACCCUGUUUGUCCAGGAGAACAACAGCCCUGCCCUGCACAUAGGCACCAUCAGUGCCACAGACUCAGACUCAGGCUCCAAUGCCCACAUCACCUACUCACUGCUGCCCACCCACAACCCACAGCUGGUCCUCUCCUCUCUCAUCUCCAUCAAUGCUGACAAUGGACAGCUGUUCGCUCUCAGAGCGCUGGACUAUGAGGUCCUGAAGACCUUCGACUUCCAUGUGGUCGCCACAGAC